AUGUAUUUGUUUCAAUUGUUAAUGAGGCGAGCCAUAACAAGUGAAGCAUUUAUUCCUCUUACAGAAUCCAAAUAUAAAUGCGAAGGAAAUAUUCCCUGCGAUAUUGAAAGCCCUGACCCCCAGGAAGAGAUCAACAAUUCGCAUUAUCAACGUACGCGACGGUCUUCUGAAACUGAUCCCUGUGUUUCCAUUACCGAGGAGGAGCCACUUACAUACGAGGUUCCUGGUGCCCCGAAAACCCUUCUGAAUGAGAUCCUUACUCAGAAAAUAAAGCAGACUCGUUGCUCGAAUGAAGGAGCAAAAUGUCAAGAAACGUGGUCCAUUCUAAUGGGAUAUUCCUACAUCUGCGAGACUAAAACUUCUUCAACUGCGUUGAAUUUCAAGACUGACACAAAUGAGUCUAUUGCAAUUACAGUUCCCAUAAAUGUAGCUUGUGAAUGUGUUAGACAAUGAAAACAUCGUUAUUUUUCACAAUACAUAU